AAAAAGAAAGACCUACAUCACAGCAACGGGGAUGAGAAAGCACAAAGCAUGGAGACCCUCCCUCCAGGAAAAGUGCGGUGGCGGGACUUUAACCAGGAAGCUUACGUCGGAGGGACAAUGGUCCGCUCCGGGCAGGACCCCUACGCCCGCAACAAAUUCAACCAAGUGGAAAGUGAUAAGCUUCGGAUGGACAGAGCCAUCCCGGACACCAGACAUGACCAGUGUGCGAGGGGGCCGGCACACUUUCAGACGCUGGGUCUGCUGGAGAGACUGGGGUCAGAGCAACCCCCAGGGUGGCCCUGUCUCCCCCGGGGCCCGGCGCUCGGUGUGUACCUUGGCAGAGGAUGAAGACCUGUGCCCGCGGCUCCUUCCCCGAGUUAAACAGCCAGUCAUUCCGAAACCUAAGGCCACCUCUCCCCACGUCACCCCGCCCUGCUCUUGGCUGAGCACAGAACUGCCUUUGUCUCUCCGUCUAGAGAAUUUGACUGGAUUUGAAGCCACCUGUUUGUUGCAUAGGCUAACCCGGCCCACUCUGUGACCUUGGAAGGU